AAACUGGAUUACAGUCCAUGCUAUUACUGCCUGAGCUAGGAAGCUGGCUAACCAAGCCGUCUGACCCCGUUUAGCGGCAAGCUAAGAUUACAUUUAUAGCAUCUGUAGUGUCAACAGUGGGACUGAGGUUAGGUGUAGCUCGCUUGCUGUGUCUUGUCUCCUGUCUUGAGCGUAGGAGGUGAAGUUACUCUCGGGGCUCUGCAUUGCAGGCAGCCCAGUGCUGCUGCUGGAAUUUACACACAAUGGCGACUCCCAGCCACCACAGCACCAACUCAACAACAUCUUCCAGCCAAAACAACAGCAAUAACGCAGGAUCUACAGCGACAACACAUCACCAUCAUCAUCAGUCCCAGCCGCAACACAUAACAACUAUGAGCAGCAUGCAGGGGUUUCAGAUAAACCUGUCUGGAGCUCCCCAAAGUAAACGUAAAGCACUGAAGUUAAAUUUCGCCAACCCGCCAGUCAAACCGAACACCAGAUUCACACUCCACACAGCGGCACCUCCCUUCCAGAAUCCACACAUAGAGCGGUUGCGGACGCACAGCAUCGAGUCAUCGGGAAAGCUGAAGAUCUCUCCCGAGCAGCACUGCGACUUCACGGCCGAUGACUUGAAGGACCUGGGCGAGAUCGGACGCGGUGCCUAUGGCUCCGUCAACAAGAUGGUGCACAAGCCCAGCAACCAGAUCAUGGCUGUCAAGAGGAUCAGGUCCACGGUGGACGAGAAGGAGCAGAAGCAGCUCCUGAUGGACCUGGACGUGGUCAUGCGCAGCAGCGACUGCCCUUACAUCGUCCAGUUCUACGGGGCACUCUUCAGAGAGGGCGACUGUUGGAUUUGUAUGGAGCUCAUGGCUACCUCACUGGACAAAUUCUACAAAUAUGUAUAUGGUGAACUAGAUGACGUUAUUCCAGAGGAAAUAUUAGGCAAAAUAACAUUAGCGACUGUGAAAGCACUUAACCACUUAAAAGAAAGCUUGAAAAUAAUUCACCGAGACAUAAAGCCCUCCAACAUCCUGCUGGACCGGAAUGGCAACAUUAAGCUGUGUGACUUUGGCAUCAGCGGUCAGCUGGUGGACUCCAUAGCCAAGACCAGAGAUGCCGGCUGCAGACCCUACAUGGCUCCGGAGCGAAUAGACCCCAGCGCCUCCAGACAAGGCUAUGACGUGCGCUCAGAUGUCUGGAGUCUGGGCAUCACGCUGUACGAGCUGGCCACAGGCAGGUUUCCGUACCCCAAGUGGAGCAGCGUGUUUGACCAGCUGACACAGGUGGUGAAGGGGGACCCCCCGCACCUCAGCAACUCCGAGGAGAGGCAGUUCUCCCCCAUGUUCAUCAACUUCGUCAACUUGUGCCUUACAAAGGAUGAAUCAAAAAGGCCAAAGUACAGAGAGCUGCUGGUGAGUUCUAAACAUCCGUUUAUCCUGAUGUACGAGGAGCGGCGGGUGGACGUGGCCAGCUAUGUGUGCCGCAUCAUGGAUCAGAUGCCGAGCUCCCCCAGCUCUCCCAUGUACGUGGACUGACCAGCGGGUACGCCUGGAGACCCAUGGAGACCCAUGGAGAAAACCGAUCAAAGACAGACAGACACCCAGACAGACACCCAGACAGACACCAAACCAAAACUUGUAAAGAACACUUGACCGCGAGUUACAGUGUUAAAACGACAACAAAGACAACAAAAACAACAAAAACAGACACCCAGAAUGGCAGCAGCAGCACCACCGUGUCCAGUUGGAUUGAUGGUGUUCAUUUCAGCCACACUAUUGUAUAAUAUCAACACACACCUCUCUCUUGACCUCUUGUCUCUUUUCCCUUCCCCUCUCUGUCUCUAUUUAUCUCUCCCUGUUUCUUCCGCUCUCUACUUCUCCUCUGAGACACUUGUCACAUACAGACAUGCUUAAAAGUAUAAUAGUAACUGAAUGAAUAUACUAUGGUCUUGGCUCAUCUCAGUGUGAGACCUCAUCUCGUAUGUGGAAGCAGUAUAGUGGUUUUUUUUUUUAUUAAGAAAAAAAGAACAUCUGGAAUUUUAUUUAUACACCAAUUUCUUGUGGAAUAUUUGAUUUGGACAAGAAGACUUUGAUCCACAUACUGGAAUCAUGCUCUUUUUAUUUUGUGACUUGUCCCAACUCUUCCGUGUAUGUGUCAUUAAAAGCAUUGUGUUUUGUAUCUAUAAUGAAACCUUGCUUCCUACGGUGUACAGAAGAGUCAAAUAAUGUAAAAGUGCAUUUCAGGAAUGUCGUGCCAGGCCUUGGUGAGGGGAGCUGAAGAAGUGUCCCAACUGUACAAUUGAAUAUGUACUGACUGAUAUAAAUAAAAGAGAGUGAGAGCGCAAGGAAAACA